AUGCAGCCGCUUACCACGCUCACUGUGCCACUAUCGGUCGCGGCGUUCGGCACGGCCCUAACAAUAGUCCGUGGCUUUACGGACCUCGGUACGGACGGCCUACCGGACGGCGACGGCGGCGACAACGUGGUCCAGCUGUAUACCGUGUCUACGUACGGAGAGUACGCUGUUCUGGAACAUAUUUUUCGUGAUGGUCGCGUUCCUGUGUGGAAGUGGUUGAAACCGGCAGGUCCGUACGGCCCGUUGCGAGGUUUCUGGGAGACAGAGUUAACGCAGGCGUUGGAGGACGGCCAAUGGCGUGGCGGCACGGGUCUAAUGCUUUUGGUGACCGGCGUUUCGGAGGCGACGCGCGAGUCGCUCGUUGGGCGCCGGUCGAGCUCACUCAAGGUGUUAACGUGCUAG